AUGUCUUCUCCGACAGCUCGGUCUCAUAGUGUGAUUGGUGAUGUGCCCUACCACCCCAAGAUCUCGAACAUUGUUGCAGGCGUUGACCUGUGUUGUUUGAUUGACCUCAAACUGAUCGCACUUCACGUACGAAACAGCACAUAUAAUCCGAAGCGCUUUCCUGCAGUGGUCCUAAGAAUAAAAGAGCCCAAAGCCACCGCGCUGGUAUUUCACAGAGGUAAGAUGCAGAUAUUGGGCACCAAGUCUGUCGCAGACGCACAUCUUGCUGGUCGCAAAUUUGCGCGCAUCCUUGAGAAGCAGGGAUUCAACACCAAGUUUGAGAAUUUCAAUGUGCAAAAUGUCGUGGCGAGUGUCGACACGAAGAUGGCAAUCCGCCUCGAAGGAAUUGCGGCACAUCCCGCUCAUUAUCAAUUCGCACGAUAUGAGCCAGAGCUCUUCCCAGGUCUGUGCUAUAGGGUUGAAUCGCCCAAGGUGACAUUUCUUGUCUUCUCGACAGGCAAGGUCGUUGCAGUCGGGGCUCGAUCAGUGGAGCAUAUCCAUGAGGCAUGGCAGAAGAUGUAUCCAAUUCUGGUAGGGUUCAGGAUCGACGCAUAA